CGUCUGCACCCACUUGAGACGACAGCGGGUCUCUGUGCAUGCUCCAGCGCCCCGUUCCAGCCGUCGAGAGUGCCCUACCGCGUGCAUGCUCCAUGCCUCUUCCCUCGUCGUCGGGUAGGCAGUUGCUUUGGCACCGCAAGACGUCGUCGCCCGCAACCCACCACGGCCUGCACGGGCAUCCACAGUCGGCGACGCGUACACAUGCAGUGCUCAGCGUAACCGCCUCGCUCCCCACGCCGCCUGCCUCCCCCGUGCGGUUAUAGUCGCGUUGUUCGCGUCGCGGCCGGGACAGCGGAGUUGAUGAUUUACAGCGCCAUCUCGGGAGUGAACAUACGACGCGAAUACCACUGGAGUGUACCGUAGAGGGCGGCGGUCUCUCUAAUGGAAUUUCUCAAGACGUGCACCACGAAUGCGCACGCCAUAGGAGACUUUGAAGCUGUCGCAUACCAGGCCUUCUCCGUCACGCGCACACUGCGACCGCGCAACGGCACCACCCCGCCAGACGACACGGCCGCCGUCGAGGCCGAACUGCGCCAAGCCCAGCAUCUGGUCGCACAGGAUGCCACCCGGCCCUGGCUAUGGCUAUUCCGCUCCGCCGCGGCCACGCCCGACAAACCGACCCAGAGCCCGCCAGACGUGCCAGACCCGCCAGACGUCCAAGGCUACCACCUGCAGCGCAAACACGCGGGGUCCUUGAGAGCCUCCGACUUGGCUCGCUCGCCCAUACCCAUACGCGCUGCAUCCACCUCCCUCUCUUCCGCGGCCCCAGGACAGCACAAGGGCGCACAAGGUGGAGGUGCGCGGAACACCAACGCCAACAACCAAGCUAAUGCUGCCGACCAGCAACAGCCGCCUGAUUGCUUUACCGUCUACGAGUUGUUCACAUCGUCCAUCAUCGCCUUGCUCUCCUUCAACCUGGUCAGAGACUGCAGCGUCGUCGCUCUGAACUACCGUACAUUCGUGGCAAAGCCUGCAACCCAGGCUGAUCCCAGUCACAUCGACGUCGAUAGUCCUGCAGACGUGCAUUGGCUCACCAGCAUAAGCGUAUACUGGGGUAGCUCAGGCACGCUAGUCAUCUCGACCUUCACCGAACAGAACCGCGAAAUCCGAUGUUUGGACGACAUAUCUUCCGACGCCGACUACACUCGACUCAUCGGCAAGUGCGUCCGUGUGGCUCCAAGUGGCUUGCUCGCCCACGUUACGAGUUUCGACGAUCCCCUAGAUACCGUAACCGAGGAUACUGGUCAGCGCCCGAAGAAGAAGCGAGCUAGGCUUGGGGCUACGGAACAAAGCAUCGAAAAAUGGAAAUCAUGUGUCAAGCGCUGGCUAGCCUGGAAAGGGUACCUUCUCCCUGAUCUUCAGAAGAAAAGCUCCUGGGUCAGAAUGCGCAUAGCUCAGUCUGCGGUAUCAAGCGUGGCCUCGCCACUUUUCGACCGAGAAAUGCUCUGGCCGCGAGCGCUUUGUUACUACUAUGAUACGGAGCUAUCUGGACCUGCAAAUGUAGAUUCAAACACGUAUCCAGCAUUAGAAUGUUCCAAUCGUACGCUGCAGUGGUUCGAGACGACUGAUUCAGUAGGCUUCAAGGAUCCUCUAGACGUAGCGCAGGAAUGGUUUCUGGGCAGGCCCGAACGUGAUAAGAUUUUGGAGGCCCGACGCAAAUCCAAGAAGGCGGAAGAAGAUGCAAACCGUCGCAAAGACGAGUGUCCUGGCUUAUACCCAUCAUCUCCGCUAAAUACUCGCUCUGGCACCUACGGCGACCUCCAGGCAGUCAGCGGGGUAUACCCAACGCCUCCUGACGGCAUCCUUCCUGGCGCUGGACCUUCCACCCACAAUACACCCAGCGUUUCGGGUGCAGCUUCUAAUGUAAUUCUAGUCCCUGGUGGAACCAAUCCUGCCAUCAGUCUCCUGGCGCCACAAGAGGAUUUCCAUGUCGACGCGCCACAACACCCACUAACCUCCCCCACCCUUCCUACAACCGCAGACAACCUCAACAUAUCUGCUGGCGACGAUGACCUGUUCGGAGAUAUGGACGAGGACGGAUAUGUUGGCCACGGGGUGAACGAUGAGGAUUUCGACUUUUUUGACGAACCCGAUGGCGAGGAUGUCGACAUGCUAGACGCGCCGAUGCUGGAAGACAGUAAAAUGGCGGCGAAUGACACGUCUGAGCAACAUGCAGCGGCGCAUGUAGUUUUGGACCCUCGGGUCAAAGAGGAUAUGUCUGACCCCCUGGCCGCACUUGAAAAUGCUCUUGAUGAGGCCUCCAAUUCCGCCCAUGAACAAGUGCACGAUGCCAAGCUCGAACACACCUUCGCCGUUCCAUCUUCUCCAGUGAAGAGGCCCCUGGAGGUUGCUCUUCCUCAGCAAAUGCAAUCCCCAAAUGGCAGCAAAACCCCUGUUUUCAAAGAACCUACGCCUCCAUUGAGCCCUACUGCCAUUGCAAAGGCAUUGUUGCCGUCUCCGCCCGGCAAGAGGGUAGCGCCAACUCUCCAGGAGCAGGCCACGAACCGCCACCGUGAUGGCGCAUUCGAUCCCCUCAACUUCAGUCGCAAAAUGAGCCUAUCUGACGCAAAGUACCAAGACGGGCGUUUUACUGCACAUCGAGAAAAUAAUGUUGACGAUGACCUUCAGGUUGAGAGACGCCUUUCUCGGGCGAAGAGUUUGCGAGAUCUCCCUAUGCUAACGACGUUACGAUAUGCUAUUGGUGUUGUGUCGGCGAACAGAUUACCUGAAGAGAUGCCCGUGGUUCCUACGGCUUACGACGAUUCGGACUCUUCGAGUGAUACCUCGGAGGUGUCUGAGGAUGAUAUUGACGAAGAGCUACCAGCAGAACCUCUGUCUAUUUUGGGUAGUCUCGUUAUGACCGCAAAAAGAAAACUACCUACAGACGGCAAUGCCACGCCCUUGUCGACCAUGUCUUUCGCGGAAUCACUGGGCGGUGAUUUUCCUAACUAUUACAACCUGCAGCUCGAUGAGGCGUCCCUUGCUUGCUUCGAGCCAAGCUCUUCGGACUGGUCAUUGGUAAACUUGCCAUCUCCCGUCGAAAGAUUGUUGACCGGCGCACGUUACAACAUGCCAUCAUUUGCCCCUCUAAUAGCGCAGUGGCCGGGUACGCCUACCUCGCAACCGGAUGUCACUAUGGACACAACAGACGAGAAGCCUCUGAGUGGAAAGGACAACAUCGCAAUAACCCAGAUAGUCACAGAUCAGAUCAUUUCCGCGACUCUGGACGUUCUCGAAGAAGAUUCGACUUGGGCGCCAAUAUCCAAUCCCCGCCCAUCAUCCGAGACGCGCUGGCACGACGCCAUCAACAAAAUCUUUCCAAAAGCCACCGAGUGUUCCGUUCUAACGCUGGCAACCAUUCACGAGAUACUUCCGGGUUAUCCGGCCCAAGCGAAAGCCCAGCAGAGACUCCCACCACGUAACUCGAACGAAGGAGUGACCGUAUCGGGGAACCAAAUGUUCCAAAUUCACCCGCCUUUCAUCCGAGUCCGACGUGCAGAGAUGCACUGGGAAUUGCUUCCUCCGGCUAUUGCUUUCUGGGAGCCUCUUGGCUUGGCCCCCGUGAAUGAGCCAAAGAACGUAAUCGCCUUCUGCGUGUAUCCCCACAGUGACUCUUUGAGACCUUGCCUGGAAAACUUUCUCUUGAACGUUCAGCUCGCAUAUGACAGCUGUAAGCUUGGUAGUCAUUCACGGGUUGUGACUAUAGCCGAGUACGAUGGGGGUUUGGUGCCUUGCAGAAUUCCUACAGCUACCACAUCACGAGAUGCGUUCAAAGCGUUGAGGGAGACUUGUGUUCAGCUUGGCAAACUCCUCGCUAUGAACUAUGCGCACAUCCGAGCGCAGCAAGACUCCAAAAUUGAUGCCUUUGUUAUCUACAUGGUCGAUCCGUUUGGCAAUCCUUCAGCGCUUUGGGAUUUGUGUUCGGCGUUUUGGACUCUCUUCCAGACAUAUGGUCAGGGUCCACCAGGCCGUCCAGACCAGCCUCAAAAGCCAGAUCUCGUGCUUCAGGUCAUACCAAUGAAGUGUAUAGCUUCUUUCGAUGCUCCCGUCAUUCUGGAUGCAAGCACAUACGUCAACCUUGCUCGAGAAGUUUACGAUCGAUGCCCGCCGAGCGUCCCGAAUGGGGACAAGACACCUCUCAACAUCCACAAGGCGCCCGCAUUCCAGCUGGAAGAAACGAUACCCCGCCAGGUGCCAUUCAAGCUGAUCUCCGAGCCACCCCACGAUCUGCUCCGCGAGAACUCGUACAUGCAUGUCGGCUAUGCCGUCAGUCUCGACGGCACCUGGAUCACCGCGGCCUGGACCGACAAUUGCGGCAAAUCCCAAGCCGUCGUCACAUACCAUCUUGGCACACGUGUGUUUUCCGAGAUCGCCAAAGAAAUAUGGCAAACGACGAUCGAGAUCCUGCGAUGCCGAAGAGUAAGUUGGCGUUGCUGCAUCGCCAAAUGCGGCGUCAUGGAACGAGACGAGCUAGAAGCAUGGAUCCAGAUCAUCUCCUGCCCAACCCAAGUCAACCUCUUCCUAACGCUCCUCACCGUCGACACCGACUCCCCCAUCAAACUAACCCCCACCAUGCCCUCGUCAACCACCGCCCAACCAUCCGCAAACACACCCGGCUCCACCCCACAAGCCAGCAUCUCCCCCGACCCAUCCCAAGGCUUCACCCCCGUCGCCACCCCCUCCGCAGACACCGCCACCGACCCCUCCACCGACCCCGAAGCCCGCCUCAUCGACACCACAGACGAAUCAUGGGGCAUCAUCCUCGCGCACCGCCUACACAACUCCCACUCCACCACCCAAUUCAGCCCCGCCCUCAUCUCCGGCCUGCUCAUCAAACGCGGCGAAACCCACGCCACGGCCUCGUCCCCACUCCACACCACCCCGGGCCCCAUCGUCGUAGGCGUAAACAUCCUCUGGAUCGGCUCCGUAAACUCGACGCGCAAUCUGCCUGUUGGUGCAGAUGGCACGAUCAAUGCGGCCCCCGAGCGUAUUAAUAAUUGGCUCAUGUGGACGCCGACCGUGCAGACGCGCACUACGGCUGAGAGUCUGCUUAAGGAGGUGUUGAGCCAGUUUAGGGGGUUGGGGUUGUUGGCUCGGCUGAGGGGGAUGAGGGGGACGAGGCAUGGGACUGUGCCGUGGCAUAUUGCUGCUGCGAAGAGGGGGGUUGGCGGGUUGGGACGGGUGGGGGGUGGACUUUGA